AUGCCCCACCAGGUCAUCGGUCGGGCCAGGAAGCAUCCCAGCCUGACCCCUCUCUUCAUUCAUGGAGCAGGAGGUCCUGGAGCAGCACUGGAUGUCACGUGCCUGGCAUUGUUCAACCCAGAUGUCAGCUGGGACAGGAAGAAUAACCUGGAGCCCUGGAAUCCACUAGGGCCCACGGACUCGGUGACUGUGAAUUAGAGCAGACUGAAGAAAGAAGGCCCAGACUUCUAA